GCUGUGUCAAGUUUCGCACUAACCGCUCCCUCUUAGUAGGAGGGAUUACUUACUGGGACCUACCGGGUACCGUUUUUAGGGAUUUGGGUCAACUACGAGUCGUUUUUAUUGUUUGAAAUAGGCAAUAAUGUUUACCAUGGCCGCUUUUCAUUUGAUAUUCUGUCUUGUGGUGUCCAUAUUGGCGCAUAAUAUAUCGGCACUGACAUGUGAUUUAUCUCUCCAGAGUAUGUACUUUUGUCUCGGUCCAGAUGCCGAAAAUGAUGCCAUUCGUUUUAUGAAAGACGUGGAAACUGAUAUCGGGCUAUUGACAUUUCAUGUGAAAAAUAAUGGCCCAGAGGAACUGCCAGCUUCCGUUAUAGGGGAACACUUCCAUGUGAAGAUGUAUAUAUCAGCAUUGGGCGAUACGGGAAGUAUGGUUGACCCCUACGAAGUGACUACAUUUAAAGGCGGCGAAUCGAAAACAAAUGCGCUUGCCGUUUCUAGUGACAAACGUUAUCCCACGUUCGAGUAUAAUUUGAAAUAUCCGUCGUCACUAUGCCCGACCCACAGUCAUUUAUGUCUUAGAAUUGAAAACCAUGGAAACUACACAGAUAAUGAAACAACAAAUAACUUUACAUGUUUACCGUUCAUUGAUGGACCGGACGCGUCAGGUUUGACCAACUGUCCUUCAGACGUUGUUCCCACAUCAAUAAAAGUGAUUCGUCCAACACCAGCCAAUUUCAGCGUUGACAUAGCCGUGAACGUGACAUUCGAUGUUGCCCUCAAAAACGCUGGCGGUACCAAAAUACCUGGAUCAACAAGCGAAUUAGACAACAUUGUGUUCUCAUCCGUCUUCAUAGCAAAUGCGCCAGACGAGUCGGCAACGGUGAAGAGCGACCUCACCGACUCCUUAGAGUACACACGUGAUGACGUCAGUACCGGUAUUGUUGAAUGGGGAGAAGUGACGUUUACUAAUUUGAACGUGACCAUACUAAUCCCGGAGAUACAAUGUGAAGAGUAUCGGUAUUUUUGUGUGAAACUUCAAAAAGGUGUCAACGCAACAUUUGACGACGAUGACUCGAAUAAUUUACUAUGUAGUCCAUUUGGUGAUGGCGGUGAUAUUGGAGUCAUACAUUGUCCUAUGCCCACGACUACUGUGGCGACCACUGCCAUGUUUACUACGCACGAUGAUGGGUGUGCAGAGCGUCCAAAUGUCAUCAUAAUUACUCAUCCAGACGUGACCGGCAGCUCUACUGUGAUCAACAUGUCCACGUGUGUAGUCGUCAUAGCAACGCUCAUUUCAUUUAAGUUAUCAUAGAACAAAAUAUAGACUAAAAUGGAAAGUAAUAUGCGUUUCAUAGUUUAGUUUAUAAUUAAUAUUUAUUCGUUGUAUAAGGAAUGAAGAAAAUUGAAUAAUCAUACCAUGUCACUGCAAAAAUUUAGAAUAGAAUGUACAUACCUGGGUGAUAUUUUUAUAUGGUGCGGACUCAAAAUCUAAAAAGUUUGGUGGCAUAGGGUUAAGUAGACACGGUUUCAGUCAAUUAAUCAAUCAAUCAAUCAAACAAUCAAUCAAUCAAUCAGUAAAUACUGACCAUCGCUUUGUGACACUGUAACUAGGUUCUUCCAGCAACCGUGCUUGACGUGUGUAGGAUAAUAAACAGGUGAGGGUGCUAUAAAAAUAUUAUUUUCUCGUUCUAAAACAUGUGGAUUUAGCAGAUUUUCCACAAUGCUCUCUACAAAUAAAUAUAUGUUCGGUGUCAUACAAAUUUUCGGA